AUGGCGGCGGAGAGGAGGUCUAGAGCGGAACGAUAGCGACGUGCACUGCGACCCCCACAGCAAAUGAGCUUGACCUCUCGUGUCAAACCAGGAAGUGUUGUUGGAAAAGGCACGGACAAGCGGCCAAUGGGAAGGGCACCGGCUGCCAUUAGAUAGUCACAGCAGUGAACAUGCACAACAGAAGCUACACUCUAAGAAAAAGAAAUGUUCCAAAGGGCUGUCCCCGUAGAAGAACCCUUUUUGGUUUCAGGUAGAACCCUUUUUGGUUCCCGGUAAAGCCCUUUUUGGUUCCAGGUAGAACUCUUUUGGGUUCCAAACAGGUUAUCUUAUGGGGACAGCCGAAGAACCCUUUUAAGCUCUAGAUAGCACCUUUUUUGAGUGAAGAGUGGAGUAGUAUCUGUCUGUAGUGUAUCGUGUUUCUACCUCCCUCUCUUUCCUUUUCUCCCCCUCUCUUUCUCUCCCACCAUCCCCCCGUGGCAGCCAGAGUAACUCUGUAAAUGACUUUGACCUUUCUUGGGGACUGAGGACAGGAGAGGACGAGAGGCGCAGAAGGAGGGUGAAAGAGGGAGAAAGGGAUGGGAGGAGUGGAGAGAAAGAGAGAGAGGGGGGUAGAAUGUAAUAAACUCAAAGCAGUAGGAGGCUGUCAACACUAAUAAAUGUGAGAGGGGAGGUGGUUAAGAGGGUGAUGAAUGCUAAAGGUGGCGCAGUCCUCAACAAGUAGUCUAUACUUCACGCAUGACUGAACACCGUUAUGCCCCAACAGUGAUCAGAACACACACUGGAACAUUGUCCAUUGGCCACUGCACUGUACCUGUCAUACUGUAGAGUGUAUAGGUUGAAAACUGUUUUACACUUGAUGGAAAUAUAAUGGCAUAUUUCUUUCAUUUAUGUUUAGUAGACGCGGUUUGGUUAACUACACAAAAGUGAUGAGUAAUCCUUCCUGAGAUCUAAAGAUGAUGUGGUUGAUAGCUCCCAGAGCUAAGGCCAACUGUAGGCUUUAGCUUAGUAGGUUAACAUGGUUUAAAGUUGCAUCCGAUGACCUCGACCUGGGUUCGAAAUCUGGUUGGUCAUAUCCAGACUCUGGACACACCUUUCACCGAUCCACUCUUGAACAGAGAUGAAAGAUGUUCUCUCCCGCUAAGCUCCUUUCUCUCUCUCUUUCCUUCUAGGAACGGGGAAGGAUCGGCGUCAUCUUCAACGUGGGAACGGAUGACAUCAUCAUCGAGGAGAGCGCGGUGAUGGUGAGCGACGGCAAAUACCACGUGGUGCGCUUCACGCGCAGCGGCGGCAACGCUACCCUGCAGGUGGACAGCCAGCCCGUUAUCGAACGCUUCCCCACAGGUAGGACCACCGGGAUGGAGGGAGGGAGGGACAGUGGAGGGAUAACAGGGCUAAAGUAUAAGUUGAUCUAAAGGAAUACAGUGGAAAGAGAGAGAAAGUGAGAGACUCAAAUAAUAUGGCUGUUAUAUAAGGUUAAGUAACAUACAUUCAACCCAUAACGGACUCGAACCCACAACCCAAAGUUAUUAUCUCUCAAAUUGGCCUUUUCCCGCAGAGGAAAAUGCAAUAUCUAUGUACCUCCGUGUAAACGCUUCAUACAUAUUUAGUGUACACUUGCAAAGUUUCCAGGCAAUUAAGGCAGAGAGAGAGAGAGCAGUGAUUGUCCUUAAGCAAACAACCUCAUGUCUACGUGGGCUGAAAUCCCACCAUCAGGCGAGAAUAGCUGUCUCACUGCUCUAACUGGCUGUAGCUAGCUGUAUUUGGGGGGUAGUAAUGUGGAUAUAGCCACUGGGUGUGUAGGCCCCACCGGGGCAGGGUUGGAUGGAAACAGUGAGAGCUUUAUGCCUCAAUGCUACAGCUGUGUGUAGGUGGCUGAAGGGAAACCCCUGGCUCUCGAACACACACAGACAGAAAUAUGCACACACACACACACACCUAUGACUCAGCAGAUGAAUAUGCCAACCAACAAUGUAAUAUAUAGCACUCCUCAUGAUUAUAUACAAUAAAAAAUUUAACAAUCCCUUUAAUAUGCUGGUUAAAUUAUGAGGGUAUUUGUUGCCAAUUCAAAAACUCUCACUUGGUAUCUCUCUCCACUGUAUUCUACUGUGGUCAUGUCAACUCCACCUCCACCAUGGUUAUUCCAAGGAAGACAUUUUCUGUUUCUGAUCCCUGAUUAUACUGAGCUUGAUCUGUUCACGCUGGUAGAACCACCACCCUGGAAGACAAGGAAUUGGUUAAUUAUGGGUUAAUUGUCUUUGUAAUAAAUAUUAUUUUCUUAGACACUGAUGAAUGUUUCACAGUGUUUCAGGUGACUCAUUCUCUGGCUCCAAUUAUUGGUAUUUUGGAGGACUUUUUUGAUCAAAAAAAGUUUGUCAAAGGUAAACAGAGAAAGUAGACCCACUCCACUGAAUCAAAGUCAAAACGCUCGCCUCUGUGGAGUGAUAUCCAGGAGUGAUGCGGCCCCUCUCUCCACUCUGGCAUCCCCUGUCACCGUGGUGAUCCAACCCACACACCUUGGCUCUAUUGUCACCUGCAGAGAAAAGCUAGAUCCAUCCGUCAGCACCGGGACAGAAGUCCAUGCAUCACGGCCAAGAAGAAUAGAACACCGUGUGACAGUCUCUUCUCUAUGGCCAUUGUGAUGGAAAUAGUCCCUUCUCGCCGUGGCAUGUGUUCCAAACGGGGUUAGCGAUAAAGCUAACGGCGGUGCACAACAGUAGCCGAGCAGCCUGUUGACAACGGUGCCCCCGUUAAUUCUAUUUUCAGCCUUCAUUGUAAUUGAAUUUGGAGGCCUCGUUUUCCCUUUCAUCUUUUCUUCUUCCGUUGUUGUUGUCGCCGUUGUUGUUGUUUGUCAGUCGAGCGUCUCUCUUCUUCUCUCUCCUGCUGAUCGAGGUAUUUGUCGGUUCAGUCGUUGGGGUUGGCACUAUUGUUUUGCGGUGGGUGUAUGGGGUGGGGUGGAGGGGUGGGUGGGUGGGGUGGAGGAGGAGGAGGGGUGGGGUGGGGGGGGGGGGGGGGGGGGGGGAGGCGCCGGCAGAUUUAGCUUUACUGAUUUAUGCACGUUAGCUACGUACACACGGUUUAUUUCGAGUGGCACUUUGAAGGUUCCCUGUCUGUCUGUCUCAGAGAUGCUGCGCAUUAGGAGAGCAAAGCUCCGAUGGGAUGGAGGGAUAGAGAGGGGAGAGGAGGAAGGGGGACUUCCUAAUUGA